AUGAACGGUGGCAGAAUUGACUCCGAGCACCCUUUUUACGUGGUUGGCCACUCCGCCUUUCCCCCUCGCUACUCGCAGAGCGGUUGUGAAUUUAUUGAGCAGUACUCCCAAUCGACCUGCUACUCCAAGCCCGCCCCGAUGAACAUGCACCCGUCGUCGAUGCGCAGUGGCAGAGAUAUGGCCAUGAUGAACCAACCCAUGUUCGGUCCGAUGCCUACCGCGAAUGUGCUGCCUCCCCUCCGAAACAACGUCCAGCUACCCCCUAUGGACAGCGCAAUCCCGCCCCAGUACCGCCGACAAGACGUCAUGGUGCAACCCGAACAGCAACCGCGCAAGGAGGAGAAGGCUACCGGAGGUGUUGCAGCCCGCUUGGAUUAUGAGAUGGACCAGAUGUCCGACUUCGUGGCUGAGAUGGCCCAGGGAAUGUAUGCUUUGUACAACACCAAGAUUCACCUAGCAGAUAUUGACUUCGCGCGAAGCGUCUACCCAGGAACGUCAGUCCCGCCGCAAUUCCGGAAGUACGUCUUUCAGAUUCUGUCGUCGACUCGCUUGCCAAGCUCGACGAUUCUUCUGGGUCUCUAUUAUUUAGCCAGCAGGAUGCGCAUGCUGUCUUCUUCCAAGGUGUUUUUGUCUGGCAAUGGUCAAGUUUACCGGAUGCUCACCGUAGCCCUCCUUCUGGGGAGCAAAUUUUUGGACGAUAACACCUUCCAGAACAAAUCGUGGGCAGAGGUCAGCAACAUCCCGGUGAGCGAACUGAAUACGAUGGAGCUCGAAUGGCUAUUUGCUUUUGAGUGGAAGAUCCACGACCGCAUCUACGACGAUCAGGACGGAUUCGCAUCCUGGCGCUCUCACUGGGACACGUGGCGGGCGAAGAGCGCCCGGGCCCAUGAUUCGCGUCACAACCUGGCCCCGAUCGACACUAACGUGUCCAGGGGUUCUAGAAUCUCCAAGCCGCUCAUGUCCCCUGAAGGCC